AUUUCGAAGCUAGAGAUUCGCUGGAUUUCACAGAUUCAGCGGUCGACCUCGGGCGGUCGUAACGCGUCAGCACUUGCCGGAUAGAUAAUAGACUCUAAGCGUUUCGGCUUUGUCUGGGCACGCACAUCCCACACCCACUCCACAAUCACCCACCACCACCGCCGCACCACUCGCCACCACCAGCAGCGCGGGGGCCAGAACAGAACUUCCUCCCAGCUGACCAGCCCGAAAUGGAAUUGUUUAUUUUAUGCUUUCGCCGUUCGCUGUUAUGCGCUUGCCUUCUGCCGUCUGUUUUAUGUUAUUCACCCCACUCACACGCGCACAGAGGGUGGUUGGGGGGAUUGGGGGAGGGCGAGGGAGAGGGCGAAGCGGUAGACCGCCCAGUACGCGGGUCGGUCAAGAACUCAAUUCGUAGCUGAUGUCGAAGCGAAGAAAGAGAGACGCGCGAAGAAAGAACUCUGCCUCGAUGGCGUUUUCGCUAAUCCCCCAAGCGGCUAUUUGGCAACUUUGUGCCACACUCUGGAUGUCUGGAUCUAGACUUCCGCUGCGCAGGCGUCGCCGUGUUUCCCUACUCCGUCAACUCUCGUCGACACCGACCGACUGAAUGAAUGGGGCCCCAUUAAAGCCAGCUGCACUCCAGACGGAGCCAGGCCCCAAUUGCAGCACUGAAAGAAACGGUGCGGCUGAAUUCACAUUCGUUGUCUAUUUGGGAAAGAUCCAAUAAUUGUGGGCAUGCAGAUGUGGGCGCCUUCGCCGCAAAAUUGAGAGCGUGGAAAUCCAGACAUUCCAGAAUCAGUCCCCAAAGUGCUCUCCCUGGCUCUCUGCACACACGUUCGAGUUGGAUUCGAUCAGACAACUCCCCACCAAAACCCCACUCUCGCCUCCACCCCGCGAUCGAGUGAGUAAUGCUCCGUGGGACCCACUCGAACGAUGCAAAUGCUCUGAUCAUGUGUAAUUCCGAUCGAGACGAUCUCCGGUCGAGCGGUUAUCAGUUGGCCGUCCGCUGGGGGCCAUUGCGUCAUCCGCACUUUGUUUGUACACAGCGAUCGUGACCGAGGCAGUAAUGGGAUCCGUACACAAAUUGCUCCGCCUGCGGAAGGCACUUUCACUCUCACUCUCGUUGCCGGAACAGAAUCCGUUGGGCAGAUCACUUUUCGGCGACCAAGAUGCCACUCCGGAUGGUCUUCCUCCAGCUGCUGCUGUGGGCGGUGGCAAAGGGCCACUAUUACUACGAUUACGGCUAUUGGGAGAUCAACGAGCCUUCUCCGCUCUGUUCCGACUACGAAAUGCUGGUGGUCAACACCCACCAGUGCGUAAGGCGCUGCAACAUCAUUUGUCGGGAUCGCGUCUGUUUCGAGGACGGACCCUGUCCGUGUGCCGAUCAUUAUCUGUCGGGAAACCCGGACGGAGUUGUUUGUGCCGCAGAGUGCCUGCCCGGAUGCACGGAGGCGGGUGGCUACUGUGCUGCUCCAGAUCUUUGUGUGUGCCGCAAGGACAGAACCCACUACUUCGAUCCCCUGUCCCAAAAGUGCCGCCACAGGGCUGCCCGAUCGCUGGACCCCUGUCUCGGACGUUGCACCCAUGGCACCUGCUCCUCCGACGGUCAGUGCGUUUGUGCCCAGGGCUACGAGUUAAGGGCGAGCUUGCUCCACGGUCAGCAAUGCAUGCCAGUCUGUGAUCACAAUUGUGGACCCCAAGCCUACUGCUUCGCUCCCAACUUGUGCGCCUGCCGGCACAAGCACCACCAUUAUUCCCACAAGGGUAUCUGUUCCAGGGACUAUUGACCUUGGGAAGUCAGCUGCAAGCUGUUUUAGGUAUCGUUGACGUCAUCCGGUAGAACUCCCUAGCAUUGUAAAUGAUGUUAUAGGUUUACAAAAUAUUUAUUUGAAAAAUAAAUUUUUAAGCAUUAAGUUAGGUACAACGAUUUCAGUUAAAUAUGGCGAACUACUUGUACAGCUCAGACUAGAUAGAUUAGAGCUUAAAUAGAGACUGACAAGACAAGCAUUACGAUUUAUUUUGUAUGCAAAUUUAAAGGAAAUCAAUAAACGCAAACAAACUUGAAGAAGUGUUGAUAUCAGCUUUGAAAUACGUAUCUCUAACUUCAGAUUAUUAUAACAUGUCUAGACCAAAAUAAAAAUCGGUAAGAAAAAUGUCUUUCAUUAAAUUUACCGGUUGGAAUGUUUGAGUAUUUUUAAGUUCCAAAUAAAUGCUUAAAAUUGAGCAAAAAAACUACGAAUAUAUCGCAGUAAACAUUUUUAUAAUCGGAAAUAAAUGUAAAUAUUUCAAACUGCUCAAAACUCAUUAGCUUAAUUACAUUUAAAU